UAAAGCAGAAGUGAUGACCGGGGUAACGUGGGCAGCUUCAGAGAGAAGGAACUCCCCGAGUCUGCCCUGACAUCACGGAGCCCCCAGCAGGAAACACUUCUCUUUUUCUCUCCAUGUUCUUUUUUGAUCUUUGUAAGUUUUCUGUAACCUCAAACUGUCAGAAGUUUGAGACAAUCUAUUCUUUCACAAUCUGGGCACCUGAACUUGCCCUCCUACAUCCCCCAAAAUGAGGCCAUGUAUUUUUCACCAAGAAUCCUGCUAUCCCCUGAGAAGUCCAAUCCAAAUCUCUAAGAAGCAGCACCUGCUAAACUAGCACCCCAAUUUGUAUUUUUGCAGGGGACUCAACAGGAAGAUGCAGACAACGAGAGGCAGUAACCCAGGCCUGGCCUUUCCUGUCAUGAUCAUCUUCUCCCUGUGGCUGCAAACGAGUGCAAACCACACAGGCUACCCUCACCUCCGAGAAGAAACCUGGAGUCCCACCAGCCAAAACCUCAGUGAGAGUCAGAACAGGACAGAAGCAAGCACAAAUUCUCCUCUGAGCCUCAAUUUCAGCAGCCAAACAACUCCUUCUGAAAUGCAAAGUACCCUGCCAUCCUCGUCCUCCACAAUGGCCCAAAAUCCAACACCUUCCCGAGCCAAAACACGAAGUACCCUGCCCUCCUUCUCCUCCACAAUGACUCAAAAUUUGAUUUCCCCUGCCCCAAGUGCAGUUUCCACCACAGGAGGAUCAGAGAAAAGCAGCAAACCCAAGAGCCCAAUGACCAAAGAAACCUGUGAAGACAACAAGUCUCUCAUACUGAUUUGCUUCAUUAUCAUUGCAGUUCUUGUGUUCAUCUGCAUCUCCCUGUUUCUGUCCACAGUCAUAGCAGCCAACAAAAUCUCCUAUCUCAAAAGAGCCCAGCAGGGCAAACGCAGGCCCAGGAGCAAUGGGGACCUCCUGGCCACCAACAGCCUGUGGCCCACAGCAGCAGGAACGUGGCAGAGGAUGCCCAAGGAGACAAGUGGAACUGAGCUGAUAAUGCAGGAGCUGGUAUCAGGGAGGGAUGCUGUGAACCAAAGGAAAACUGAAGAUGAAACUACUGAGAAACUCACCAAAGCAGCAGAUAAUGAACAAGAAAGCAAAGAACCAUCUCAGUCACACAAGCCCAUCUUAACCAAUUUUGUAGUUGAGAUUUAAUUCACACUCAGGUAAAAAUCCAUCUUUUGCCUUUGUUACACCAUUAAUGUAAGGCAAAAUCUUGUAUUUCAAGUAACAGCAAAAAAUCUGGAAAGCUAAAUCCAGAUUUUAGAGGUUUUCCAUUUAUGCCAGUGGGAAUGCUGCAGCCAUGUGUGGAUCCAGAAGGCAGUAACACUGUGUUAAAUAGCUUUCUGUAAGUAGUGUCAGGACUGGUUUUACUCCUUUGACCAGAAGUCGGGGUGACAGGAGCUGAACAGGAUAAACCUAAAGGACAGAAUCUGCCCAUGCUCCAAGAGCACAGAGGGGAACAAGGAACAGACUGUCAGUCUGAUCAACACUCUGAACACUAAGAUGCUGCACAGGCAUAACCGAGUUGCUUUUCAAAGGAAACCAUACAUUAGUCACAACUCUGAUUCAACCACUAACCCAGGAUCUAGUCCCUCUCAAAAUGCCCUUUUGGAUUUUCCAUCAAGAACUUCUUAAACCAGCUUAGUUACUUUUGAAGCAGACUGAUUGGAACCGUAAUUAUUGUGUUUCCACACUGACUAUGAAUAAAUAAAGUUUGUAGUAUUUGCUAGAAUAUGAGAACUUGUUCAAUUUGUUAUCUUCAAUAAACUUGUAGUAUGAGUUUUUUAAUUGCUUGCAUGAUACUAUUUCUCUAAGUCAGAUGUUAGAAAAAACUAUGACCAGGCAUCUUGGAGUGUUUUAUUGCUGUAACAUUGGCUGGCUCAGGAAAGGUCUCUGAUGACUCGCUGUGAUUUCCUGCAUCAUGGAAACACACUCCACUUUCUCCUGACACCAAACAGAGCAUGUCAGGAAUUCCUUUCAACCACAACAACUUUUAGUUUCUUUAUUCUCAGAGAGCUGACCUUGCCACAGUGCCAGGGAGGUGCCUGUGCCUGCUGUCCUGCAGCAGAGCUUUGCUCUUUUAAGGAAACGUGAGAAGCUUUCCACAGGCUGCCCCUCGGGCUGAAGAA